AUGGCAUUGCUUCAGCUCCUGUCCUGCCUGGCCUUCGUGGCUGCCGUCUCAGGCUGUGGUGUUCCUGCCAUUAACACUGACUUGAAUAGUAUGUUCAUGAUUGUCAAUGGUCAAAAUGCUGUUCCUGGUUCUUGGCCCUGGCAAGUGUCUCUGCAGAGAAAUGGUGCCCACUUAUGCGGGGGCUCCCUCAUCAGUAACAAGUGGGUGGUCACAGCUGCUCAUUGCGAUGUCAUGACAACAGACAAGGUGGUUGCUGGAAUGCAUGACCUGAAGUCUUAUAGAGAAAAGGUCCAAGUUCUGAGGAUUGCCAAGGUCUUCAGGAACAAAAAUUAUGACCCGGACACUUUUAACAAUGACAUUACCCUGUUGAAACUGGCCACACCUGCCCACUUCCAGAAAAAUGUGUCCCCUGUCUGCCUGCCCAGUGCCAGCGAUGACUUCCCCGAUGGCACUACCUGUGUUACAACUGGCUGGGGCAGGACCAAGUACAAUGCCCGGAGAUUCCCAAAUAUCCUCCAACAGGCAGCUCUGCCCCUGCUGUCCAAUACUAAAUGCAAGAGAUACUGGGGGAAAAAAUUCAAGGACACCAUGAUCUGUGCUGGAGCCAAUGGCGUUUCUUCCUGCAUGGGUGACUCUGGUGGACCCCUGGUCUGCAAGAAAAAUGAUGCCUGGACCCUGGUUGGUAUUGUCUCCAGGGGAGACAACUUCUGUUCUGCUACCUCCCCUGCUGUGUUUGCCCGAGUCACCAAGCUCAUCCCCUUUAUCAAGGAAACCCUGGCCAACAACUGA